UUUAAUUUUAAUAAGUUCAAGAAUUUUUCUAUAUUCUUGGAAGUCUUAAGUUAUUUGAAUUUACAGUUUUUGUGUAAUUUUUAUAAAGGUAUUUUGCAUAUUCAAUUGAAAGCUCGUAGCUGAAUGACAAGCGAUUAAUCAAAAGUGUAGGUUAAUAAUGGCCGUAGCAGCUGAUGAACUCUUGUUAUUAGAACGAGUAUUUCUGCGAAUUGGUUCAGCAGAAACUGAUGAACAAUUACAGAAUGCAGUUUCAAAAUUUUUACCACCAGUUUUACUUAAAUUAUCCUCAACACAGGAAGGUGUUCGGAAAAAAGUAAUGGAACUUCUUGUUCAUAUCAACAAACGUAUUAAAAGUCGACCUACUGUACAACUUCCUGUGGAAGCUUUAUUAGUACAAUAUCAAGAUCCAGCAGCUAGUUCAUUUGUUACGAAUUUCACCAUCAUUUAUUUAAAACUUGGUUUUCCACGAUUAAGUUUUGAAAAACAAACAGAACUAGUACCAACAAUGUUAAAUUCUUUGGAAGGGAAGCCACAAUCACAUCAAGAUAGUUUGUUAUUGAUGAUAAUACCAUUAUUGGGCCAUGUCCAAAUACCGGCUGAUCCAGCCAAACGUAACUCAUUAUUUGGAUUAAAUGAGAAACCUCAUGUUUCAAAGCAUUUAUGCGGUUUAAUGUUGGAUAUGCUUUUAUUACCGUACGGUGCCACGUCACCCGAUGCUCAAAAAUCACCUUCAUCAGAGGUGAAAUUUCCAAUACCGCCUGGAAUGUGUGAAUAUUCGUAUAAACGUGUGACAACCGAUAAUAGUUUGAAACCUGAAGAAUUAGAACUGAUAAAACAAGGAAUUGUAAAAUUUAUAUCAUACGGAGUGUUUCCUGAAACGGAUAUUUUAAUUCACUUAAUAGUAGCAGCGGCUGAUACGCGAUUUAGCGUUGCAAAUAGUGCAGAUUUGGAAUUAAAGAAAAUUGUAGGAGUUUUAGAUUGGGGUUCAACAGCCUUAACGACACCCCUAUACAUGUUGUUUUUGGGUUCACAGCCCAGUAAUAAUACGACAAUCAAACCAGAAAUGAAAAAAUCACCAGCUAGCACCCGAAUACGCUUGAAAUUACUUCAUUAUUUGUGCCGUGUAACAGCCGAUGGUUUUAUAAUCCCACCAAGUAUCCAAAUAAUAUUUGAUUCUUUGUAUGGAACAAAUACCAAUCCACGGCUAAAAACUCUUGCGCUAAAUUUUGCAUCGAAUCUUAUCCGAGAAGUAGAUGCGGCGAAAUUGGCACGAGUCACAUUUGUUUUAUUGGCUGGUUUGCAAAAGUUCUUGAAUGAGGGAGAUGUGCAACAUCAUGGACAAAUUUAUGUGUUAAUGGGACAGAUGGGUCGACGUUUUCCAAUUUUAUUCCAAAAGGAUAUCAGUUCAUUGGAAAAUUUUCUUAAUAAAUUGAUAACUGCAACUCCCGAUUUACGUUUAUCAAUUCGAGAAGCUCUAUUAAACAUAGCACAUUGUUACACCAUAAGCGAACCAGAAUAUUCCAAUGAAAUCAUAGAUUUAAGAAAUUGUGAAAAAAUGAUUCAAGAUCCCGAUAAAUCAAAAACAACAUCUAUUGAACUACGUUUAAUUGGUCUAAUAUCAUACUGUCUACGUUCAAACGAACCAAUUGUCCGAUUUGUUGCUGUUCGAUACGUAGCUACUGCAUUUCCUGAAAAUCAUGUUGGCUCUCGAUAUUUGUUACUUUUAUCUACUGGCGAUAGUAAAGAUGAAGUGUUUAUGGAAGCUUUAAAAGCAUUGUAUGGGACCACACGUAAAUAUAGUACAGAAAGUACAAGUCUAUCUAAAAAUAUAAAAUUACCAGAAUUCAUUCCCAUGUGCGCUUUUGUUUCCAAAGAGGCAAAAGCCCGGAAAUCAGAUGAACGUCGCUUUGAGCAAGGAAAUAUUGUAUUACCGUUUGCACCAGUUGUAUAUACGGAGAUUUUAGCAUAUUUACGUUUGUGUUUGGCACAAGGAGCUGAUUUAAUCAAUAAGGGGGGUAUUUCACCACAUCCGAAUGAAACUACACCACUCUUGGGAAAAUAUUUACGAUCGUUAUGCACUAGUAACAAGAAGUUUGAUGAUACGCAUCCAUUGAAACAAUAUUUAAAUUUAAUUCAAGAUUUUAUGAGUGCUUAUCCUGGAGUCAUUCCAAUCAGUUGUUUUCUGGAAGUUGUUGGCUGUAUCCCUGAUAUAUUAUGUAAAGAUAAUGUAGAUAAAUUGACAUGGUGUAAAGGAUUUCUAAGUUCUACAAAAGAAGAAAUUCGUGAACAUGCAUCGAUUUUAUAUGGUAUAUUAACUGCGUACGCGUUAAAUAAUAAUGAUUUUGAUAAAACUAUCACUGAAUUAUUAAAUGCAACAAAGAAUAAUAAAAAUUUGGAGAAUCAACAUGGAUCAUUAUUAGCAUUAGCGAAUUGUUUGGAACGACGUAUUAGUAUCAAGAAGUUUGCUAAUGAGUUGCAUGAUGUGAAUCAAAAUUGGGAACCGUAUAAAAGUACUGUACAAUUAUUAAUAUCAUUUUUGGACAAUGCAAAUCCAAUGUUGGUUAUGGCAGCAUGUGCCGGAAUUGGUUUACUUGGACGUUGUUAUAGUUUACCAUUAAAUAACGCUAAAACUUCCGAAGAAGGUGCUGACAAAAACACUAAAUUAUCUCUAGUAAAUAAAUUAUUAGAAGUAAUGAAUAGCACUAAGUUCCAAUCAAAAAUCCGGGAAAAGGCUGCAAACACCUUAGGAUUAAUAUGUGUGGGUGAAAUAUUCCCACAUUCUCGGGAAGUUAUAACUGGAUUAAUAAAUACAGCCAAGGAAACUAAAGAUAUUGAAGUACAUUUUUCAGUGGGUGAAUCUUUGGUUAUGUGUGUUCAAUCGAUUUGGUCGAAUGAGGCACGUGAUCGUUGGACUGUAUUACCAUCAGAGUAUACACCAAGUGAUUCGAUGAUGGAAUCACCAUCUGAUGAGGAUUUGAAUUGGUUAUUGGAUCAAUUAUUGGAAAUGGUUACCAAAACUCACCCAAAUUCAAGACAGGCCUCUUGUGUUUGGUUACUUGCACUUCUAAAACAUUGCUCAAAUCGUGAAGCAAUUAAAAAGCGCCUUCAAUCUUUACAGAAUGCUUUUAAAGAUUUACUUGGGGAAAGUAGUGAUAUCGUCCAAGAUAUUGCAUCCAAAGGUUUAGGUCUUGUGUAUGAAAGUUGUGAUGAAAAUUUACGAGCUGAAAUGUUGGACGGUUUGUUGGAUCAAUUGAAUUCAGGUAGACGCACUGUACAGAAAGUGACCGACGACACAAAACUCUUUGAAGAAGGUCAAUUAGGAAAAUCUCCAACAGGAGGAAGUUUAACAACAUACAAGGAAAUUUGCUCAUUAGCUUCGGAUCUAAAUAAACCAGAUUUAAUAUUUAAAUUUAUGAAUCUAGCUAAUCAUAAUGCUAUAUGGAAUUCAAAAAAAGGUGCUGCAUUUGGAUUUUCAACAAUAGCCGCAAAAGCUGGUGAACAAAUUAAACCACAUUUACCAAAAAUUAUACCACGAUUGUAUCGUUAUCAAUAUGAUCCAACGCCAAAUCUACAAGCAUCAAUGCAACGUAUUUGGAAUGAAUUAGUGCCUGAUAAACAAAAGGCUAUUGAUGCGUAUCAUAAAGAAAUUCUAGAGGACUUAAUCCAAAAUUUAACAUCAGCCCAAUGGCGUGUACGCUUAUCUUGCUGUGUUGCGUUACAAGACUUUCUACGUGGUAGCGCACAUCGUUCAAUUCACGAUUAUACGGCCUCGAUUGCACAAUUGUGGACACAACUAUUUCGUGUUAUGGACGAUUACCAUGAAGGUACUAGAAAUGCUGCAAAUUCAACAGUGAAAAGUUUAUCCAAGCUAUGUGUGGCUGGAUGUGAUGUAGAGCAAGGGAAAAAUGGAACGGAAUUAAUGAACCAAAUGUUGCCAGUUUUGUUACAAACUGGAAUUACGCAUACCGUGGCUGAAGUUCGAAGUAUUAGUUUAUUGACAGUUUCUAAAUUAAUUGGAACCGCUGGCCCAUCAUUAAAACCGUUUUUAUCGAAUUUAAUACCAGCAUUAUUGGAAGCGACUGGUGAAUUACAGAAUGUUAACUUAACACAUUUGAGUAAUAUUUAUAGUGGGCGUUCUCAGGUACAAGAUGCUAUCGAUUCAGCACGUGCUAGCGCAGUUAAAUCGCAUUAUACAAUGGAUACUUUAACAAAGUGUUUACAAUACGUUGAUGUAAGUCUAAUGGAUGAUUUAGUACCAAAAGUAACUGACAUUAUGAAAAACUCUGUGGGUUUAGGGAUAAAAGUUGCAUGCGCACAUUUUAUUAUUUUAUUAACUGUACAAUUAGGUAAAGAUAUUACACCAUACACGGGUCGAUUUUUAUCAAUUUUAAUGAAUGGUUUAACCGAUCGUAAUUCUGCUGUACGUAAACAUAAUGCAAUUGCAAUUGGGCAUCUAGUGGCAACAGCAAAAGAUUCCAGUAUUGAAAAGUUAUUUGCUAAAUUACAAAAUUGGUAUUUUACUAUAGAAGAUGACAAAGUUCGUAGCGUAAUUGCACAUACCGUAAGUGCAAUUGGUCAACAAAAUCAAGAAAUUUUAAAAUCGUAUUCAAAUUUAAUUUUACCCUUAGUAUUUUUUGCCAUGCAUGCUGAAAAGACUGAAGAUACAAAGGAUUCAGUUGAAUUAUGGAAUGAAAUAUGGUCAGAUAAUAGUCCAGGAACGGAGACUGGUAUACGACAAAACUUAAAAGAAAUUACACAAAUUUUAGAGAAGUCGUUAGAAUCAUCCAAUUGGAACAUUAAAGCACAGGCAGCAAAUUCUAUAGCCACUGUGGCUAAUAAAUUAGGUGGUACAAUGGACAUUCAAUAUCGUAAUUUAUUAAUAAAUAUGUUAAUUUCUGGUUUAAGUGGACGAACAUGGAAUGGCAAAGAAAAACUAGUCCAAGCUUUAGCUAGUAUUUGUAAAAAUUGCAAGGAUAUUAAAACGGAUCCGCAAAUUAAUGUGGAAGCAUUAGUUAAUGCCAUAAUGAAAGAAUGUAAUAAGGAGGAAAUUGUUUAUAAACGAUUGUGCUUGGAAGCGUGUGGGGAUAUUUUAGAAUCUUUAGACGUGGAUCGAUUUGAUGAUUUGUACAAUAUUGUUCAAAAUGCGCUAGCAAAGGAUGUAACAAAUAUAUUAAAUGAAGACGCCGAUGAUGAUGAUAGGUCAGCAUCCUCCAUUGAUGAAAAAUCAACAAAACGUGAAAAUAUCUUAAAAUUAAAGGCAACAAUUUAUGAAACUUUGGGUAAAGCAUGGCCUAUCAAUGAAAAAACACAAAUUAAAUAUCGUAUUCAAUUUGUUGAACAUUGUGUUGCGUGUUUACCUACAACUGUACGUAAUGUUCAAGUUAGUAUUGUGUUAGCACUACAAAAGUAUGUGGAAAAGUUAACUUUAUUACAACAGAACACGGAUGCACCAAAAGAUGCAAUAAAAGAUCGUGAUGUAUUAAAUCAAAUAUUAAAUCAUAUUUUAAAAGCCAUGAAUAUUACAUUAGAUAUUUCAAAACAUUUAAGAUUAAGGAGGGAAUCAUUGAAUGUGUUAAUUUGCCUCAGUAAACGACUUAAAGCAAUAAAUGCGAAUACCGAAAUGGAAUCUGUAUCAAAAAUGGUAUUAAAAUGUUUGCCAGAGUUAGAAAAAGAUCAACAACCAGAAAUUAAAACACGUAUUACUGAAUUAAAAGAAUUAAUACAACUUUGAAAUAUUUUAUUCAGUCUCCAGAAUAUAAUAUAUAUUUUCUAAUCAAUAUUAAUUAUACAUUUUCUUUUUUAAUUUAAAAAAAAAGGCAACUGAAUGUCUGGUCAUGGAAUCCGACUUGAAUAUACUUAUUUUUUUUAAUGAUGAUUAUUAAUUAUUGUAUUUGUGUACAUAAUAAUAUUAUAUUAAAUAAAAAACAUACAAAUAAUUAUAAAACGAAACCAACUACGUUUAAUCUUGUAUGAAUUUUAUUGCAAUGAA